GCCCUCGGCGGCGGUGGUGGCGGUGGCGCACAGGGGCACCGACAGGUCUCCCGGGGCCUGUGGAGUCUCUCUCACCUGCUACCAUAAGGCUUUGCCUUUCCAACUUCAGCUACAGUGAUAGCUAAGUUUGGAAAGAAGACCAAAAGGAUAUCCCCGGGCCGUUUUUCUUUUGUUCAUUUGCCGCAGUUGUCGUUGGGGUCUUUUUUGCACGAGGCUGUUGUGUUUUUAGUGGUGCUUUUUUCAGUUCCUUGCACUCCUGCUAACAAAGCACCUCAUCCAGAGCAGCAGUAGCAGCCGAGGAGCCAGCGGGGAGCACCUGGUGUCAUGACCAAGGCGAGAGAGCAACACCGCCGGGGAGGAUGCUGCGGAUCCUUAACAAACUACCUGACCUCGGCAAAAUUCCUUCUCUACGUUGGACACUUUUUAUCUACUUGGGGAGAUCGGAUGUGGCACUUUGCCGUCUCUGUGUUUCUGGUGGAGCUCUAUGGGAACAGCCUCCUCUUGACUGCAGUCUACGGUCUGGUGGUGGCGGGGUCGGUUCUGGUCCUGGGAGCCAUCAUUGGUGACUGGGUGGAUAAGAACGCCAGACUUAAAGUGGCCCAGACUUCGCUGGUGAUACAGAAUGUGUCGGUCAUCCUGUGCGGAAUCAUCCUGAUGAUGGUUUUCUUGCAUAAAAAUGAGCUUCUGAUUAUGUACCAUGGAUGGGUUCUGACUUCCUGCUAUAUCUUGAUCAUCACUAUUGCAAACAUUGCCAAUUUGGCCAGUACUGCCACGGCAAUCACCAUCCAAAGGGACUGGAUUGUUGUUGUUGCCGGAGAAGACAGAAGCAAAUUAGCAGAUAUGAACGCUACAAUCAGGAGGAUCGACCAGUUAACCAACAUCUUGGCACCCAUGGCUGUUGGCCAGAUUAUGACAUUUGGCUCCCCAGUCAUUGGCUGUGGUUUCAUUUCCGGGUGGAAUUUGGUGUCCAUGUGUGUGGAGUACUUUCUGCUCUGGAAGGUUUACCAGAAAACCCCUGCUUUAGCUGUGAAAGCUACUCUUAAAGUAGAAGAAGCUGAGUUGAAACAGCUGAAUUUACACAAAGAAACUGAGCCAAAAUCCCAGGAGGCAACUCAUCUAAUGGGUGACAAAGACCCUAACAUCCGUGAGCUUGAACAUGAGCAAGAGCCAAGCUGUGCCUCCCAGAUGGCUGAGCCCUUCCGCACCUUCCGAGAUGGAUGGGUCUCCUAUUACAAUCAGCCGGUGUUUCUGGCGGGCAUGGGUCUUGCUUUUCUCUAUAUGACUGUCCUGGGCUUUGAUUGCAUCACUACAGGGUACGCCUACACUCAGGGGCUGAGUGGGUCCAUCCUCAGUUUUUUGAUGGGAGCAUCAGCCAUAACUGGAAUAAUGGGAACCGUGGCUUUUACUUGGCUACGGCGAAAAUGUGGCCUGGUUCGGACUGGUGUGAUCUCAGGAUUUGCACAAUUUUCCUGUUUGAUCUUGUGUGUCAUCUCUGUGUUCAUGCCUGGAAGCCCUUUAGACUUGUCUGUUUCUCCUUUUAAAGAUAUCCAGUCUAGGUUCAUUCAAGUAGAGCCACUACCCACAAAUAGACCUACAGAAAGUCCUGACGUCAUCUCAACAACUGAAAUGCACAUGUCAAAUAGGUCUGUUUCUGCUGAUGUUGCCCUAGGGAUGAGUUUUCACUCUGAGUCCAUAAUCUCUGUCAUUCUGCUGUUUGCAGGCGUCAUUGCUGCUAGAAUCGGUCUUUGGUCCUUUGAUUUAACUGUGACACAGUUGCUGCAAGAAAAUGUAAUUGAAUCUGAAAGAGGCAUUAUAAAUGGUGUACAGAACUCCAUGAACUAUCUUCUUGAUCUUCUGCAUUUCAUCAUGGUCAUCCUGGCUCCGAAUCCUGAAGCUUUCGGCUUGCUUGUGUUGAUUUCAGUCUCCUUUGUGGCAAUGGGCCACAUCAUGUAUUUCCGAUUUGCCCAGAAAACUCUGGGAAGCAAGCUUUUUGCCUGUGGUCCUGAAGAAAAAGAAGUUACAAAUGAAGAUCAAGCUAGUACAUGUGCUGUGUAAGACAGUUUAACUGUUUUUAUCCCUGUUACUAGAUCAUAUAGAGCAUGUGUGCUUAUUUUGUACUUCAGAAUUUCAGUAAAUGGCUAGGUGUCUCUCUCUCUGGUUUUACCACAACUGUAUCUUGAGGGCUAAAUGCUAUUUAGGAAACCUAUGUCAGCUGAAUGAACUGGGUAAUUUCCCUUAUAUUUAAGGAUGAAAAAAAUAGGAAAAGAAAAAAGUUUAAAUGUGGAAACUAAAAUGGCAACACUAAUUUUCCCUAUUUUUCAUGAGUAGAUAAAAUUUUAUAUAAAAAGAGAGUGGUCAGGCACAUGAAUUAAGUUAUUCUCUGGCAAAUAUUUAUCAUCUACACUAGAAUUCAGAUACGUCAGUUUUCCCCCAAACUCACUCUCGUUCAACUCUAGCUAAUUUAUUUUUCUUUGAUAUUUUAUUCUGUUAUGUUAUAAAAACAAAUUCUGCCCCAAGCAUGACGAUUAAGAUUUGAUAACCAGUGUUAUCCUUAUCGAUCCUACUGAUCUUAAGGAAUUUACAUAUAUGUGGGAAAACAAAAUAUUUCUCUAGAAUUCUCUAACAAGGUUAGGGUUUAACUUUAGAGAGCACCUUGUUUUUAUUAUCAGAUAAGGCAAAAUAUUGUAGUAUAUGCAGCACUUUGUAAACAUAGUCAUUUAUUCUCUAAGGCAGUCAUUUAUUCUCUAUCGGGUAAGUUGCAGGUAGAAGCAAAGCUGUCAGGUAGGUUUAUAACACAGUGAACGCAUAAUAACUUCAAAUAUGCCAAUAGUUUGGCCGUAGAAACCAGAAGCUAAAAGUUGCAUAGAAGGGCAAAGAUCUGAAUUUAACUCCCGUCCCUCUCAUUAAUGAUCUCUAUCCUGGAAUAUGAGGGAGUCAGCUUUCUGCUUGGCAGGUUAAAUGUAGAAAGCAAGCCCACACUUGGAAAGGUUUUAUUUUGCCAAUCACUUGAUUUAUUAGGAACAUGCUGGGGUAAAGCAUUUUUGCUUUUACUGUUUUGUAACCAGGAGUUAUUUUUACCUAGUUGUUGAGCAAAACUGUCCAUAAAUGUUUUCCUUUUCAAUGUCUCUGAAAAGAAUGUAAGGGGGAAAAAAGACUUUUGUAUAUAUUUUUAAAAACUGUUUUACAAGUCCUUUUGCAACAUGCCAGUACCAACAUGGUACUUUGCCUUAACCGUUCAUGCACUUUCAUGGAGACUGCAAUAUGUUCCUCUGAGCACUUUCUUAAGCCUUUGAUGUUUAAUCUUUUUCUUCCAUGGUAUGACAUGAUGAUUUGCCACAUUGUAAAAUCUUUGUGAAAUAUUUCUAUAUAAAUAUAUUUGUAAAAUCUUCA